AUGGAAGCCGCUGUAGCCUGCCAUGCCGCCCCCGACCAAGGCCCCGACGUCUUUGUCAACAAGGCGCCCCUGUACAAGCCGCUCUGGGGCCGGGGCGCUUUCGGCGGCGCCGUCCUGGCGCAAGCCCUGUCCGCCGCGCAAGCCACGGUGCCCGCCGGCUUCGUCGCCGACACGAUGCACUGCCACUUCUUCCUCGCCGUCAAGCCCGACGAGCCGCUCUACUCGCACGUCGAGCGGCUGCGCGACGGCAAAAGCAUCGCGACGCGGUCGGUGCGCUGCAUGCAGCAGCAGCAGUCCCGUGGCGGCAAGUGCGUCUUUUCCGCCAUGCUCAACUUUGGCCGCACCGCAGGCCGCGGUCCGCGCAUGCUGCAGCACCAGCCGGCGUCGCCCGUGUCCCCGGCGACGGUGGCCUCGAUCCGCAGCGGCGGCGCGUCGGUGGCGCUCUCGUCGACGAGCCGGGUCGAUGCCGACUGUCCAUUUGAGUCGAUUCGCGUACGACGGGGGAAACAGGACGACGACAACGACGACGGGCAUCAGCGCCCGGAGCUGCAGCGCAUUGUGCAAAUGACGAGGGCCAAGCUUCCACCAUUGACUUCGUCGUCGUCGACAACGACAACAACGACGAUGACGCAGCGGACACGAGGGCUGGGAGGAGAUGUGGCGCUGCACCAGGCGGCCCUGGCGUACAUGACGGACAAUUACUUUUUAGGCACUGUGCCGCGCGUGCACAAGGCGCACCGGUUCAGCAAUAAAGGCCUCGUGGAGAAUGUGGUGCGCAAGCUGGACGAGGGCCAGCAAGAGGUGGCGACGGAUCGCUUCAAGAUGCUCGCCGAGGAAGAGCUGGCGGACGCAGAGGCCAGUAAUCGUACAGGCAAAGGCGGCGCAGAGACGACAAAGGACACGAGCAAGGCGUCGUCGCCGCCCAAGAUUGACAUGAUGGUCAGUCUGGAUCAUGCCAUUUUCUUCCACAACCAGGACGAGGUCAGGGCAGACGACUGGAUGGUGAUGGAAAUGGAAACGCCCUGGGCAGGGCAGGACAGAGGGCUGGUAUUGGAGAGGAUAUGGACGGCGGACGGGGUUCUUGUGGCAACAUGCAUUCAAGAGGGAUUAUUUAGACUGUCUCAGGAUGCAGAGUCUCAUCUGUAG